AGGCCCUAAAACUAUUUAGGGGUUACGAACCAAGGGUGAACCUUAGGGAUAGGGAUUAUCAGAUGUGGCCUUGACACAGAACCCUUCAUUUCCUCUAUAAUAAUACGACCAUAACUGUACGGUAAAACUAAAACCCCUUGAUUUAGAUUGGCACUCAUCCACAAUCGAAACUGGCGCUCGCCUGGCUCCACCUCAAUCAGCUGUGGAGUCUCGUCAGGAUUCAGGAGAGGAGGUAGGCUUACGCCUAUCUCUUAAUUCCGGUCAAGAAUCCAAAUUGUCAGAGCUGAAGUGAGGCCGCGUUUCAUCGUAUAAUUUGACGACUACCACGUCAAAAACAAAAACCAUCAAAUCAAACCCCCUGAUCAGUUUCACUUUCACCAAUUCGUUAAUGACGGCUUCGCUGCCGAAGCAAGUCCCCACCUUCCCUCCCCGUCUCCUCCCCUUUUAAACCCUCCCACCUGAGUCCAGAGUUCAGACCACCUCUCCUCGUCCUCCGUCCUCGCUUAUCAAUAAAAAACUCCCACCCUCUCCCUCUCUCUGUCUUUUGGCUUUCACAGGAAUUUUCCCAAACACUUACUGUCUAACCGUCUCGAAGAUGGGCUCCUGCUUGUCCUCCGAAUCCAGCGAUUCCUCUGCUUCCCCAACAGUCAAAGUCAUCUCCGCCGACGGCAAGCUCCGCGAGUACGCAUCCCCCGUUACGGUAUCCCAGGCCCUCGAAGUGGAGACGUCGCCGUGCUUCAUCUGCAACUCCGAUAAGCUUUUCUACGACUCUCUAAUUCCACCCUUGCACCCCGCCCAGCAACUCCAGCCUGGACAGCUCUACUUCGUUCUCCCCCUCACCCGGUUGCACUACCGCCUGACGGCUUCCGACAUGGCAGCAUUGGCCGUGAAAGCCAGUACUGCCCUCACCCAUGAAUCAAAGAAAACGGGUAGGAGGGGUAAGAGGAUUCGAGUUUCGCCUGCAAUUUUUGAGGUGGACGCGAGAGUAGAAGAAGGUGAGGUUGAUGAUGAUUGCAAGAGGUUCCAGAGUAAGGAGGUCAGGGUUUCGAGAUAUGGGUCUGUUGCUAAGUUACAGAGAAGCGCCUCUAGGCGGGCUAGACUAGCGGUGCGGUCGUUUAAAAUGAGGUUGAGCACCAUCUAUGAAGGCUGCGUACUUGAGUGAAAAAGAAAAAACAAAUCUUUGUGUUCUUACAAAGAGAGGGUUUUUUUUUUUUUUAACGUACUAAUACCAUUAACUUUAAUAAGAAAUCAAAAAUUUCUUGUUCAUUAA